UUAAAUAGACUUGCGGUGUCAAUCAUUUUCUUCUUCCUCAGCUUCCCUUCCACCGCCAUAUUGGGCAACUAAGAAAAGGGGGCUCGUCUUUUCGGGGUGUUUUUCUCCCCCUCCCCUCUCCCCACUUUCUCGCCCCUCUGCCACUCGGACGCCGGCAAGGUUAGGAGAGCCGCUCGGUUCGCGGGACCCGCGGGCUUGCACCAGCCAGGACUUGGACUGGCUUUGCCACCCCCGCCUCUUGCCUCUCCCCUCCCCUCCCCGCCCUCCCGCUCGCCUGUACACUUGAUCGGCGGAGACUUUGGGCUGCCUGGCCCGGGCUUCCCCCUCACCCCCUCCCAGACCCAGCGCGCUCCUGACGCUCGCCAGUUACUUGUUGGGGUUUGUUUCUCUUGGCUCCCAGGGCAGUCGCAGGGCUUAUAAGAGGGGUUCGGGCUGAGUCUGGGCGUUUUGUUUUGUUCGGUUUUGUUUUCUGAGAGCGCGCGAGAGGCGGUCGUAAAGACCUGGGAGGAAGAUGUCAAACGUGCGAGUGUCUAACGGGAGUCCGAGCCUGGAGCGGAUGGACGCCAGACAGGCGGAGUACCCCAAGCCCUCCGCUUGCAGAAAUCUCUUCGGCCCGGUGAAUCACGAAGAGUUAACCCGGGACUUGGAGAAGCACUGCCGAGACAUGGAAGAGGCAAGCCAGCGCAAGUGGAAUUUUGAUUUUCAGAAUCACAAGCCCCUGGAGGGUAAAUACGAGUGGCAGGAGGUGGAAAAGGGCUGCUUGCCCGAGUUCUACUACAGACCCCCGCGGCCACCCAAAGGCGCCUGCAAGGUGCCUGCGCAGGAGAGCCAGGAUGUCAGCGGGAACCGCCAGGCAGUGCCUUUAAUUGGUUCUCAGGCAAAUACGGAGGACACACACUUGGUAGACCAAAAGACUGAGGCGUCGGACAGCCAGACAGGCUUAGCGGAGCCGUGCGCUGGGAUGAGAAAGCGACCUGCAGCAGACGAUGCCUCUACUCAAAACAAAAGAGCCAACAGAACAGAAGAAAAUGUUUCAGACGGUUCCCCAAACGGAGGUUCAGUGGAGCAGACGCCCAAGAAGCCUGGCCUCAGAAGACGUCAAACGUAAACAGAAUUGAGAAUAUGUUUCCUUGUUUAUCAGAUACAUCACUGCUUGAUGAAGCAAGGAAGAUGUGAAUUAAAAUUUUUAAAAACAUACUGCAGACUCCAUGGAAUGGACGUCCUGUAUAAGCACUGAAAAGGAACAACACAAUAACACUAAAAUUUUAGGCAUUCUUAAGUGAUCUGCCUCUUAAAGCAUUGGAUGUAGCAUUGUGCAAUUAGGUUUUUCCUUAUUUGCUUCAUUGUACUACCUGUGUAUAUAGUUUUUAUCUUUUAUGUAGCACAUAAACUUUGGGGAAGGGAGGGAAGGGUGGGGCUGAGGAAUUGGCAUGGGGGUUUCAAUGAAGAGCUUGCUUUGAUUUAGAGCAAGGAGAAAAAUAUUUGACUUUCAUGAAAAGAAACAGUUUAGGGAAAGGGUUUGAAUUUUUUUCUUUAAAGAUGUAAUGUCCCUUUCAGUGAAAUCUGAUACUUCAUUUAAAAAAUUAUCCAAAUUUGAACAUUGGUUACAAAUAAUUGCUAUUUAUUUUCGCAUGAAGCUAUUUUCUCAUUUGGGAGCUCUGAUUAUUCCAUUACGUAGCAACAAAUGGCUUUUUUUUUUUUUUUUUUUUAAACAACAGCAGCAACAAAACUCUCCUCAGUGCUCCCCUCUAGGCCCCCUUAAAAUUGGAAUUUACCAGUUAAUUAUUCAGCAGUUAGGUAAUCACUACAGGUAAUUCUGGGCAAAAAAAAAAGGGGGUGGGGGUGGGGGAAGUUCUAAAUGCUCAAAACCGACAGUCUAGUUUUUAUCAGAUUUGUUGAGAAAAUUUCUUAAUUUUCAUUUAGGGCUGUGUAGACACAAUCAAAAUAAUUCUAAGCCCUUGGAUAUUUAAAAAAAAUUGUAAGUAACUUCACAUAAAAAAUAAUGAAAUAAUUAAAUUUAAAGCUUCAUAUUCUAUUUGCUAAUUUGCCCAAAGGAAAAUGGUGUUUUAAGAGGAAAGUGUGUAUAGAAAAAAGCCUGUAUGAUAGAAGUGAAAUGGAUACUACAUCUUUAAACAGUAUUUUUACAUUGCCUGUGUAUGUAUAUGAAACAAAACCAUUUGAAGCAUACCUGUGUACAUAACUCUGUAAAGACACUGAAAAAUUAUACUAACUUAUUUAUGUUAAAAAAAGAUUUUUUUUUUUU